AUGAAAACCCGAAGGACCUUAUCAAUUAUAACGUGUUUGUCAGUUCUGCUCACUGCCAUCAAUGCUCAAUACCAAAUAAAUAAUCAGAAUCAGAAUCCAUAUCAACAGUAUGGGCAACAGGGACAGAAUACCAAUACCAAUGCGAACACACAUACUGGAUUCGGGUCCCAAUCACAAUCGUUUGGAAAUGCAAAUGCCAACUCAUGGGGUUCUGGAUCCUCUUCAAACACUCAGAAUCAAUUGCAAUCCGGAUAUCAGAACAAUCAAAACAGAGGAGUGUUCAAUAACCAGGCUAUAACUCCAUUCGGAUCAGCCAAUAAUAACACACACACGAAUACGAACAAAGGAGUGACAAUUCAAUUCCAACUCCGUGGAUAUUCCAAUCCAUCAUCAGCCCUUCCAAACAGUCAAACUUGUGUUUGUCCUGCUGGAUACACUUGCUCUUUCCUUAAAACUUCUCCAAAAUGUUACUUUGCCUUCACUUUCAUCGUUUCAUCUCCAGAUGAAAGUGUUCGUUACCAAGACACUGACUUCUUCUACUUGGAUGGCAACGGACAACUUCCACAAUCUUCUCAAGGGCAAUGGAGUCAGAACUACGUCAUGAACCUUCCAUCUAAACCUGCCGCCAUCGAUGUAUUUGCCCAUCAUUUGGGAGCAGUCAUUACUCAAAACGGUCAAUUGGUUCAAGAUGACACUCUGACUCAUGUCGACACAUUUGUCGUCCCACUUUCUGAUACUCUUCCAGCUGUUGAAGGAGUUCAAAAUAUGAAUCAGCAGAGGACAUAUCAGGGAAAACUUUUGGGAACAAGUCUCUCAAUGUCAUUCUCCAUCUCUUGCACCGGAUCUCUUAUCGGACCUUCAUGUGAUUUGACCUGCAAAGCAUCCCAUGUUAAUGCCAACGUAGCUGCAUGUCAAUCGAAUUCAACUGGUUUCUUCUCAAUCUGUAAUUAUAUUUCAAAUGGACAAGUUGAUAACUGCAAGAAUUGUCCAUGGGGAAUCAGAGACUCCACUUAUUGUCAAGAUGACCGAGGAAGUGUUUUGGAUCCAAGAGAAGCGGGACUCGUCGGAAGUGGAUGGCAAACAGCAACAAUCAUUCUUGCAAUUCUUACAUUCAUCUUCCUUUUGCUUCUUUGUGCUCUCGUUGUUUUCACGUGUCUUAGAAAUCGUCGUGCUCCAGUUGAAAAAGAAAUGAUCACUUUCCAAAGAACAUCAAGUGAUCGUGAACCACUUCACAGUAAACCGAAUAGAGAAGCAGCCACUUUCAGACAAGAUUCGACUGAGAACUCAAGAAGAGCAAUGCUUCCACCACAGGAUGCGAAGCCAAUUAGAUCAGCAAUGCGAAAACCGAAUUAUUCACCAGUGAAUCCAAACGAGAGAGAUGAUUCCAGUUUUGCAAGUGAUGUUCCAGUUCGACCGAGUCGAAGUGAAGUUGUCUGA